UUUCGUUGUUGGAACUUGUAGCACUGGUCUUUCUUGUGCUGCCUUGUUUCUUUGCAUCCGAGGCGACAUCAUCAUCAGCAACAACCCAAGCUGAGGCUCUUCUAAAAUGGAAGAGCAGCCUGUCAAUGCUGCCGCCUCCUUCUUUUCUUGAUCUCAAUUCAUGGUCACUAUCCAAUCUAAAAAACAUUUGUAAUUGGAGUGGCAUCGUCUGCAAUGGUGAUGGAAGUGUUUCUGAGAUCAAUCUUGGUGAUGAGGUUUACUUUAUAAUUGGCACUCUUCAUCACCUCAAUUUUACUUCUUUUAUUUCAAGCCUCAAACGCUUCGACAUCGGUGAGAACGAUUUCUAUGGAUCAAUCCCUCUUGCUAUUGGUAAUCUGUUCAACUUGGUCCACUUGAACUUGAGCUACAAUAAGUUUACUGGUGCUAUUCCUCAUCAAAUUGGAAAUCUUAAGAAGGUACGGUUCCUGGACCUUGGAUUUAAUCUUUUCGAGGCUCAUCAUGACUGGUCUAAAUUUAAGAGUUUUCCUGUGCUGAGACAUCUCAGUUUCUCAGCUGUUACAUUAAGAUCGUUCCCUGAUUUUAUACUAGAUUGUCGAAAUCUAACUUUUCUUGAUUUGUCUGAAACCGUUUUGAAUGGAUCGAUCCCAAACUCAUUGUUCACGAAUUUGGAGAAGCUUGAGCAUCUUGAUCUUUCUAGCAAUGAUUUUUCAGGGUCUUUAUCACCUUACAUUGGUAACUUGUCCAAUCUCAAUUAUCUUCAAUUGUCAGAGAAUUCUUUUGAAGGAGGAAUCCCGUCCCCUAUAGGCCAACUCAAACAUCUUCAAUUCUUAGAUAUUAGUGCGAAUCUACUAAAUUCAAGUAUUCCCUUUGAGAUUGGUUGUUGCACUAGCCUCACUUACUUGAGUUUAUCAUAUAAUUCACUCUAUGGAGUAUGGCCUUCAUCAAUGUCAUCUUUGACCAAGUUGUCUGAGUUGGAUUUGUCAAAUAAUUUUCUUUUUGGUAAUAUUUCACCCAAUUUUUUCUCCAAUUGUACCAAGCUAACAUCUUUGGACCUUUCGAACAAUUCCUUCGAUGGAAGUAUUCCAUCUGAAAUUGGCUUUCUCACAAAUCUUGUAAAGCUCUCUUUGUACACAAAUCAAUUUUCAGGCACCAUUCCAACUCAGAUUGGAAACAUGCAUAAUCUGGUUGAUUUAGAUAUGCACGAGAAUAGCCUUUCAGGUCCAAUACCUCAAACAAUUGGAAACCUCACAACCCUCGAAAAUCUAUGGUUGUUUACCAAUAAGCUCACCAAAAUGCUUCCACCUCAGAUAGGAAACUUGAAAUUUUUGUUUAAUCUAAACUUGUCAAAAAACAAACUUUGUGGUGCAAUACCUCAAACAAUUGAAAACCUCACAAGCCUUUCAAAUCUUAAUCUUUCCUCUAACAAUCUCAUUGGAAUACUUCCACCUCAUAUAGGAAACUUUCCAUCUUUGGCUACACUAGACUUGUCAAAAAAUGAUUUCUCUGGUCCUAUACCUCAGGCAAUUGGAAACCUCACAUGGCUCUCUACACUAUUGCUUUCCACCAAUAAUCUGAGUGGAAUGCUUCCGCCCCAACUAGGAAACUUAGAUUUGUAUGAUUUACACUUGUCAGAAAACAACUUCUAUGGUCCAAUAUCUCAGGUGAUUGGAAACCUCAGAAAACUUGAAACCCUAUUCCUUUCCACAAACAAUUUCAAAGGAACACUUUUGUCUGGGAAUGGUAAACUAACAUCAAUACUUACCUCUUCAACCAUUUGCAAUUUGCAUUCUCUCCAAAUUUUGGUUUUGGCAAACAAUUUAUUAGCAGGGCCAAUACCUCAAUGUUUGGGAAACAUAAGCAAAGAUCUCUCUGUGUUAGAUUUGCAUUGUAACCAAUUUCAUGGGCCAAUUCCAAAGAGUUUUAAGGUUGGCAACUCCUUGAACAGACUUAAUUUACGUGAAAAUCAAUUAGAGGGAAUAGUGCCACGAUCUUUAAUCAAUUGUAAAGAGUUGGAAGUUAUUGAUUUUGGACACAACAACUUGAGUGGUAGGUUUCCAAUGUGGUUAGGAGCUCUUCCAAAUCUGAAGGUUCUCAGCUUGAGAUUUAACAAGUUGAAUGGAUCAAUUACAAAUAGAAAGGUUAAAGGUUAUUUGUUUCCUCAACUUCGUGUCUUUGACAUCUCUUACAAUGAAUUCACGGGAGAUUUGCCUACAAGGCUUUUUAAGAUAUUUAAAGCCAUGGAAAAUGAAGAUGAAGAUAGAAUACCACACCAAGAGAUGUACCUAGACCAGAGCGAUUAUUACCAAGAUUCGGUAAUGGUAGGAAUAAAGGGAAAAGAGCGUGAAAUUGUUAAAAUACUAAUCGCGUUUACUGCUAUUGAUCUCUCAUGCAACAACUUUGAAGGCCAUAUUCCAAAUAGCAUCGGAGAUCUUCUUGCACUACGUGAAUUGAAUUUAUCACAUAACAUGUUCACUGGCAACAUCCCAAUGUCUAUUGGAAACUUAUCUGUGCUUGAAUCCUUAGACCUUUCUUCAAAUCAAAUUGGCGGAGCAAUCCCUGGACGAUUGGCGAGUAUUUCAUCUCUUGAAGUAUUGAAUCUCUCAUAUAAUAAGCUUGUAGGAUGCAUACCUCAAGGCCCACAAUUUAAUACAUUUGAAGCAAAUUCAUAUCAAGGGAAUGGUGGAUUGAAAGGAAAACCUUUGUCACAAGGUUGUGAGAAUGGCAUGACACCACAACUUCUUGCACCAAAGUAUCUCAACCAAGAAGAUGAUUCCAGUUUUUUAAGCGGAUUCACGGUAAAAGUUGUGGCAAUAGGGUACGGUUGUGGUAUUCUUUUUGGAUUAUUCAUGGGAAGUCUCAUGCUCCUAACUGGAAAACCAGAAUUCAUUACAAGGUUUGUUGAAGAAGAAGCAUACAAACUAGCAAUGAAGGUCAAGCAGAGAAGAUCAAAGACAAGAAGAAGAAGAAACUAGCUUUGCAUGUCAAUGCUUGCUUCUCUCCCCAUGCAUGAAGGAGUAUACUCAAGAAAGAGAUCGAGUGAGGUUAAAGAAGUGCUUUAAUUUGGUUUCUUGCCGGCUCAGAAGUCAUCUCUCAAGUACUGAUUGAUUUCAGAUCUCUAGCUAGGUUUUGUCACAUAUAUGUUAUUAAUUUAUAUGAUUUUGGUAUGAUUCUGAAUGUUCAAUUGAGGCAUGAUGAACAAUGUCUUUGUUAGUGUCUUUGAGCUUUCUUUCUAAAAUGGAUAUUUAUUUUGGCUA